AUGGUCGAUACCCUCUGCGGUGUCUGCAACACCGAGCCCAAGAAAUACAAAUGCCCUACCUGCGCGCUCCCGUAUUGCUCCCUCGCCUGCUUCCAAACUCACAAAUCGACACAUCCUCUCGCCACACCUCAGCCUACCCAAAGCUUACCCUCCCUCCCCCAACCACCACCGCCCGCGCCCAUCCCACGCUAUCUGAAAUCAAAAACCGAUUUCUCUGUCCUCGCCACAGAUCCAAAGUUCCAGGACCUCUUGAAAUCAAAUCCCACACUUCUCGCGUCCCUCCAGCGCGUUUAUGCUACGACCAUCGAGCCAGAUCCAGAGGAAGAAGCGCGGCGGCGCAGGAUGACGAGAGGGGGGUUUAGGGGACGUGGCAGUAGAGGGCGAGGAGGAAGAUGGGGAGGGCAUAGCGAUCGGGAACAGCCAAGGUGGACACAGAAGAAGGGGGAUGCGGAUGCGAUGCGGAUGUUGAAGGGGUUUAGGAAUGAGGAGGAUGGGCAGGAGGGGGACGGUAUGGCUGCGUUUGUACAGUUGGUUGAGGAGAUGUUUGGGCAAGGGGAGAAGGAGGAAGGAGAUUGA